AUGGCGCAGGGAGGAAUUCAACUGGACCAUGAAAAAUUCUGCUGUUCUGUGUGUUUGGAUCUACUGAAGGAUCCGGUGGCUAUUCCCUGUGGACACAGCUACUGCAUGAGCUGUAUAAAAAACUUCUGGGAUGGAGAGGAUGAGAAGAAAAUCUACAGCUGCCCUCAGUGCAGGCAGACCUUCACACCGAGGCCUGUCCUGAUGAAAAACACCAUGUUAGCAGAUUUAGUGGAGCAACUGAAGAAGACUGGACUCCAAGCUGCUCCUGCUGCUCCCGCUGAUCUCUGCUAUGCUGGACCUGAGGAUGUGGCCUGUGAUGUCUGCACUGGGAGGAAGCUGAAAGCUGUCAAAACCUGUUUGCAAUGUCUGAUAUCUUACUGUCAGGAACACCUCCAGCCUCAUUAUGAACUGCCUGCCUUUAAAAAACAUAAGCUGGUGGAGCCCUCCAAGAAGCUCCAGGAGAACAUCUGCUCUCGUCAUGAUGAGGUGAUGAAGAUGUUCUGUCGUACUGAUCAGCAGAUUAUCUGUUAUCUCUGCUCUGUGGAUGAACAUAAAGGCCACGACACAGUCUCAGCUGCAGCAGAAAGGACUGAGAGGCAGGGAGAGCUCGAGGUGCGUCGACAAGACAUUCAGCAGAGAAUCCAGGACAGAGAGAAAGAUGUGAAGCUGUUUCAACAGGAGGUGAAGGCCGUCAGUCGCUAUGCUGAUAAAGCAGUGGAGAACAGUGAGAAGAUCUUCACUGAGCUGAUGCAUCUCCUCCAGAAAAGAAGGUUGGAUAUGAAGCAGCAGAUCAGAUCCCAGCAGGGAACUGAAAUGAGACGAGUCAAAGAGCUUCAGGAGAAGCUGCAGCAGGAGAUCACUGAGCUGAAGAGGAAAGAUGCUGAACUGGAACAGCUCUCACACACAGAGGAUCACACUCAGUUUCUCCAAGAUUACUCCCUGCUCUCGUGUCUCACUGAGUCUAUAGAGUUACCUGGCACCAAAACCUGUCCUCUGCAAUACUUUGAGGAUGUGACAGCAGCUGUGUCAGAAAUCAAAGAUAAACUACAGGAUGUUCUGAGUCUGACCUGGGAGGAUGACACCACUCAGCAGGUCCUGUCUAAAGAAUUAUCCAAACUGAGAAGGAUCCCCUACCGACUGCCUCAGAGCGGACCCAUCUACAAGUCUGACAGGCCGGUUGCCGAGGCGAUGGACCCGGUGGACCAGAGGGUGAAGCCAGUGGAGGUGGAGCUCAGCAGAAACCUGCAGACGUACCUCCAACGCCUCGGCCUCCUUCCCAAAACUUCCUCUGCUGCUGCCGGCCUGAGCUCCUCUGGCAAGGUGGGCGUUAAUGGAGCCGCCGCUGACAAGCGCUUCAUCCAGAACGUGUUGAAGAACGUCGGCAGGCAGCACCUAGACGUGGACAACCUGUCUCAGCAGGACGUGGACCAGCUCUCCAGACUCAUAGCCGACGCCCUGCAGGUAGUGGACCACGAUAACGGUCCCCAACGGUGCCGCGGGUUUGACCCGGAGCGUCACACAGAUACAGAAGAGCAGAACGUGAAGGACGAGCCCGACAACCUCUUCACCAAACUCCUCGCCUACCUGGACAAAACCCCCUUCUCCGCUUCCUCUCCGUCAACCAGUAACCGCAACAACGUCGCCAUGGAGACACCCCAGGGCCAUCAGGUGGGGCUGGAGAACGUCCAGAGCCGUACCAGCGAGGCGGGGAUGACGGUGCAGAAGAAGGACGCUACCCAGUCUGUGGAGGAAGUGUCGGAGGUGGAGGGCUGGAUCAAAGAGGUGGCGCCUCCUCCCGCCGCGCUCGUGUACGACGAGCCGCACAAGAAGACGAUGCACGUCCCCGAGCUGCAGCUGGACGUCAAAAGCAACAGGAAGAAGUCCGACGACGACGUGUACGGUUACGUCAUCACAGACACAACGUGA